AUGGCUACUUCAGCACUUGGAUUACAGUUUGCUAAGAGAGUUUUAUCAUCCACAGCACCCAAAUAUCUUCCUACUACUACACAACGGUUCAUGUCAACAGAAGUCGUCAGAAAUAUUGAUGAAAUUAAAGAUAUCACCGUCACUCCCAAUAACAGCGCAGAAUAUGUUUUAUCCACAGUCGACAGAGUCAUCAACUGGGCUCGUGAGGGUUCUAUUUGGCCCAUGACUUUCGGUUUGGCUUGUUGCGCUGUUGAAAUGAUGCAUUGUUCAACACCACGCUACGAUCAAGAUCGUAUUGGUAUUGUUUUUCGUGCCACACCUCGUCAAUCAGAUGUUAUGAUUGUUGCGGGAACAUUGACUAAUAAAAUGGCUCCUGCUUUAAGAAAAGUAUAUGAUCAGAUGCCAGAACCCCGUUGGGUAAUUUCUAUGGGAAGUUGUGCUAACGGCGGUGGUUAUUAUCAUUACUCAUAUUCAGUGGUCCGUGGAUGUGAUCGUAUUGUGCCUGUCGAUAUUUAUGUGCCUGGUUGUCCUCCUACUUCUGAAGCAUUAUUGUAUGGUAUUUUCCAACUACAGAAGAAAAUGAGAAGAACCAAGAUUACUCAACUUUGGUACAGAAAGUAG